AGUUGUGAAUUUAUGAACACGAUGAGUAUCGCAUUCCUUCUGUUAUUAUCCCUCCUUGCCAGGGUCCAGGCUAAAUUCCAGUCCGGUGGGAUCAGACUGGGAGGCAAUAAAACGAGCGACUCCAAGUGGAGGUAUGUGUCGAAGUUUAGAUAUCAUAUUGGUAGAGGAACUUGGAAGCUUCGCAUUCAGACGAUUAGGAAUCAUACGAAUGAGCUGAUAUUCCUGCCUGUGGAUAUAUAUCGAGAGGACUCCUUCUUGAGAGCCGAGAUGGAGGUGGAAUGUAGAAAGCGGACAGUACAGGAUGGUACGAUGAUGAUAGCCCUACCAGCUGGUGGGGAGUGGGGACCAUGGAUUGAAGGCCACUUGUACACAUCCAAGCAUCCACGAGUUUGGUAUUGGGCGAUCAGCGAUUGCGAGCAUAAUUAUUUCACCGACAUCCCUGGGCGAUUAAGAUUCGAGUUUAUAGCAACACAACCGGACGGCAGUGAAUUCUCAGCGGAGCGAAGUGGCGUACAGUGGCUACUUCUUAUGCAGGUUUUAAUAUAUGGUGCAUUCUCGUACCGUUUUUACCUGGCAUGUCGCCGUUUUAUCCGCUCAGCUGAGUCGUUGCAUCCCCUUGUCAUAACACUAGCUUGUAUCAUAUCACUUCAAGCGUUGGUGUUAUUAUUCCAAGUGUUGCAUAUGUGGUGGUAUGCAUAUAAUGGAUACGGGUUGAAGGCGCUGGACGUGAUAUCACAGAUGCUCAGCGUUGUAAAUGAAGUCAUUGUUACGUCUCUGCUAAUUUUGAUCGCCUCGGGAUACACUUUGCUCCAAAGUGACCUUGGUGACUUGGAUAUUGUCAUACCAAUAGUAUUUAUGGUUGCGAUAAUACACAUACUUAUUGUUGGGUU